CACGUUUCUACAUCCUACUUGUAUGGACAGACUCAAAAAAAUGACAUAUAAAGAUCCUUUUGCUCGGCUCUCCUACCUACCCACCCUUUAGUUUCACUUAUCUUGUAAAAUGCAUCCGUCUAGAUUUCUCACACUCAGUCUUGUGGUGGCCAUGAUUGCUGCUGUCGCAGCCGUCGAGCCUGCCAAACAGGACGCCGCUGUUGCCGCCACCGAAGCACCUGCCACCCAAGGCGCCAACACUGCGGCUGCCGAGCCUCCUGUGAAGCAAGAUACACCUGUCGCUGUUACCGAACCAUCAGCAACUCAGGAACCCGCAGCAAACACUGAACCAUCAGCUAACCAGGAACCCGCAGCUAACACCGAACCAUCAGCUAACCAGGACCCUGCUUCUACUGCUGCCACCGAACCUUCAGCCAACCAAGAACCUUCUGCAGUUGAUGCUGAGGCUUCGGCUAACUUGGACCCGGCAGCUGAGGGUGCACCCGGUCAAGACUUUGCCGAUAUCGGAUCGGUCGACAGCGAAGCCGCCGAUCUCGUCAAUGAAGCGUCGUUCGCGGCUGCAGAUAUGCUCGGCCAGGCUACACCUUACAACGAACUCCCUUCGCAUGCCGGACAACAAGACUCGUACCCUGCUGGUGGUACCGAAGAAAUGGCCAAGCGAGACUUGGGUCCCUUGGGAGAUUUGUUGGGCACGGUUGCUUCGUUAACCUCUCAAGGCGGCGGUCAAAGCUAUCCCCAAUACGCACAACCUGCCAUGCAGGCACAAGGACCACCUCCAUCCCGACCUCGUCGUCGUUCCAACAAGCGUUCGUUCUUGGCCAAGCGUUUGGAUGCCGAGAAAGCAGUGACGAUCGCCGAGAUGGGCUUUAACAAAGGUAUUUCCGAUGCCGAAGGGUUCGUCAACGACGAAUUACGAGGAUUAAAACCGGCAAACGCAGCCACCGAUUAAAUCAAAACAUCCUUUUUCCACCGCCAAAAAGAAAAAAACGUCCCGUUCACAUAAUCAUUCAUGCUGUUGGUCAUUAUUUUUUGAAGCACCAAACGAUCCCCUUGGAACGCUUAAAAAGAACCCCAGAUAUAAUGGAUACAUUUACAGCUAGUUUGUCCCUUUUUUUUUUACUUUGUUAGCUACUCUCUCUAUUUUGACCUUUUCCUCUCAUUCAAUCUUUUCAAAGCCCUUGUUUCCUUUAUACUCUUACUUUUUGAUUUUCUACCACUUAUUGCUAUUUGGACAAGAAUUAAAAAACGUUAGCAUAAACAGAAGGAAAGAAAAACCUCAGUGGGUUCCAAUACUUUUCCGGUCUCCGCUGAUUUUGAUGUCGGAGAAUGAACAUGAGCAGCA